CGCUAAAUUUAGGAGUUUGUAACCAUUUAGAAUAGCGGUUCUCGUGUCUACAGAGAGUGAAUGAGUGUGUGUGUGUGUGUGUGUGAAGCACGACAUUAUUAGGGGACGGAACAGGGGGCAGGCUGAGGAACACGCAUAACAUAGCAGCCUGAAGUUAGCGGCUAACCACGUAGCUAACUAGCACUGGAGUACUUGACAAGCAGACAGUGCUAGGUACACAUUUUCAACAACACGUUCAGUAACGGGAGUGUGUGUGACAGUAAGAACUCAGUAGUGUAUGUGCCCUGUGAGUGUAACAUUUCUCUUCAAUGGCUGCCCCUGGCUCCACCAGCAAUGUGCCGGAAGGAUUCCACUACGAGACCAAAUACGUCCUCCUGUCCUACCUCAGCCUGCCCCCGAGACCACAGGCCAGGCCUGAGGAAGGAGCAUCUGGACAAGCUGCACAAGAAGCAGCUGUGGACAAGACCAGCAGGAUGAAGGAGCAGAUUGAGGAACAGCUAAAGCAGCUAGAAGAAGAAAUCACUGCCUCUUUUCCAAGUACAGGCUUUGAUCGGCACACAUCCCCAGUGUUCAGUCCAGCGAAUCCUGAGAACACUAUAGAGGACAGCCUGGCCGUGCUGGGGGACCGUGUUGCACAAGUGCUGGACACACAUCUGACCUUGGCAGCACAGACACUUCUCAGUGGGCAGCUGAACUAUGAAGAUUUCCAAAAUGCAGUGAAGGAGAUUUCCUCCCAUUCUGAAGGAGGCUGGAGCAAGGUUUUGGUACCUUUAGUGUUACUGCAAGCCCUGCAUUGUAAGGGUCAACCGCUGGCCUCUCUACUUUCCCUGGGUGAGCGUUACUUAGUUGAGGUAGAGGCAGACUUCAUCAUCCAGCAGGGUGGAUGGAGUGCAGUGUUUGGCCUGGAGGAUGUGGAGGAACCAGGCGUGCUCAUAGCUGAAGACAGUAACGAUAUCUACAUCCUGUCAGGGGAGCAAGGCCGCGAGCAGCUGAGCCCCCCUGAGUCACUGCUCAUCAGUGUGGCAGAUAGCAGCGGUCUGAGCUCCUGGCACACAGAGAGUUUGCCCGUAUCAAUGAGUGGCCACGAAUCCUGGGCUCAGGUUGGCACCAUGGAGCCAGAGGAUGCCAAGAGUGUGGACAGUGGUGAGGGCGUGGCCUCAGCCGAGGAGCGCAGUGAGAACAACUCGUCCAACUCGGACAUUGUGCACGUGGAGCGUGAGGAGGCCGAGCUUCUGGAGGAGGGAGAAGCUGUAGAAGAGGGAGAGCUGCAGGAGAGCGUGCUCAGUGUCCUAGGCACUGAAAGCGAGCUGGAGGCCCUCAGAGAGGAGCUUAGAAGAGAAGCUUCAUCUCCACAACAGCCAGUUUCAGAAGCACCAGAGUCACUGAUGUCCCUAGAGGAGCAGAUUGUCAUCCUGGAGGCACCUCCUAGCCUGGUUGCUGCUGUUCCACCAGUUGAUAUAGAGCCAAAGUCCCUUACUUCUUCAUGGCCAACUGUCAUUGCUGAAGUUCCAAUUAAUGUACAGCAGGAAUCUCUCUCGCCUUCAUCCUACACUGUCAUCACUGAUGCUCCAGUUGAAGUAGAACCAGAAUACUUUGCGUCUUCAUCCUCUACUAUCAUUGCUGAUGCUCCAGUUGAUGUGAAGCUGGAAUGUUCUGUUCAUCCUUCCCUUCCUAUUGCUGCUACACCCCAAGUGCUUGACCCUGAACCUGAGCCUCAGUCAGCUCAGCCAGAACCUGUUCUAGCUCCUGUGGAGCCAAAGAUUCUAAGAACAGUUCAAGAACCAGAAGCUAAAUCUGAGCCACAGCCUGAAGCUGUCCAAGUAGCUCCAGUACAUGAGAUGCUACCACAAGAGCUACAAGCAGAGGUUGUACAGGCCAUUACAGCCCAGGAGCCACCUCUUUUACCCCCAGCUCCAGCACAGGAGAUACCAUCACUGGAACCACAGAUUGUAAAGGAGACGUCUGCUCCAACCCAGGUUCCUCUUGUUUUACCUUCUGCUGCAGCUCCAGAACAGGAAAUACUGCCACAGGAGCUACAGCCUGUACACACAGCAUCUGUUCCAGCUCAGGAACCACCUGCAGCUCCAGCACGCACAGAGCCUGUAGCAGAGCCUGUGUCCUCUGAGCUUCCAGUUCUUCUGUAUGGUGGUGCUGCACUGGCAGCCAUUGCUGCUUUGGUGGCCUAUGGAGCUCUGGCUUACAGGAAGAAGUAUUAGGAAGUGAACAUCUCGCCCUUCCCCGUGACCACACCACAUCAGUGACCCUUUUCAGGAACUGGGGCCAUUGUGCUGCCAAAAGUUGUGGGGAAAUUCAGUUCUCCUGUCUGCGCCAUGCUAAGUUUUGUCGAUUCUCUUCCAAGUUCCUGUUUUUUUGGGGGGGAUUUUUUUUUGGGUUUAAAUUUUUUUUUUUCCCCUGAGUUUUCGUUGUUUCAUAUUAUUGUUUCAGUGAACCACUACUGAGCCUCUGAACCACUACUGAGGCAUAUGCAUUGUCAAUUUGAUGUUCAUUUCACAUUCUCAUAUACAGUUCUCAUACGCUUGUUAAUUUGUCUUAGGUUUUAAAUUCUGUAAGACUGACAUGUGGGAAAUCAUGGUAUCAUUUUACCAGUUUUUAGAAGCAGGUAACUGUUAUUCAAGAAGAAUGGACUUGAUUUGGUGUUUUGAAAACAAUUAUGAUUUGCCAAAUAAAUAAAAGGUGCACACCUCAAA